AUGUUAUAUUCACAUGUGACAUUACUUAUGCUUAGAGUAAUUGAUAUUUACUCGAAACAAUCUGUCCAACAAAGUACUACAAGAAUGUUGGUAGCUGAAAUUCCUGGUGAUAUUCAAAUUGGGGCAUUAUUUCCAGUUCAUAGACAAAUUCAGGGUAGUGAAAGUUGUGGAGAAAUUUGGGAAUCUUAUGGUAUUCAAAGGAUAGAAGCCAGUUUUUUAGCAUUAAAAUAUUUAAAUAAAAGACUACCAUUUAAAUUAGGAAUUGAGAUACAUGAUACAUGUUGGAGUGAACGUGUAACUAUUAAUUCAUUAAUUAGAAUGUUAAAAGAAAAUGUUGCUCAAAAUAAAUGUUGUACAACUCCAGGAUGUGAAAAGAAAAAUAAUGCUGUUAUUUCAGCAGUUUUAGGUCCUGGAAAAAGUUCAACAGCUUUAUCAGCACAAAAUUUACUUCAAGUAUUUAAAAUUCCUCAAAUAGGUUACUCAUCAACAUCUAUUGAAUUGUCUGAUAAGGAAAGAUUUGCCUACUUUACACGAGUUGUCCCAUCUGAUGUAUGGCAGGCUCGUGCUAUAUUUGAAGUUAUUCAACAUUUUAAUUGGACGUAUGUUGCUGUGGUUUAUUCAGCUGGUAAUUACGGUGAGAAAGGUUAUGAAGAACUUUUAAAAAUAACUAAUGAAAAUGUUUGUAUAGCACAUUCUGAGAAAGUAAAACCUCUUGCACCAGAAGAAGAAUUUAGGAGAGCUCUUAAACAAAUUAUUAAUCUUAAAAUUGUCCCUAAAGCUAUAGUUUGUUUUUGUGAAGGUGAAGUUGCCAAAGCAAUGUUAGCAGCACAAAGAUAUUUAAUUUCAAAAGAUAAAAAUAUUGAAAAAUUUCAAUGGAUUGGUUCUGAUGGUUGGGCUGAUAGAAAAGAUGUUGUUGCUGGUUUAGAAGAUGAGGCAGCCGGUAGUUUUACAAUACGAAUUCACUCUCCUAGAAUUGAAGCAUUUGAAAAACAUUAUUUUAAUCUUAAUCCUGAAAAUAAUUCUGUCAAUCCAUGGUUUCGUGAUUUUUGGCAACAAAAAUUUGAAUGUCAAUUUGUGAUUCCAAAAGAAGAAAUUGGAUUAAAAAAACAAUGUACUGGUAAUGAAAGUUUAAAAAUUGGUUAUGAACAGGAUCCUAAACUGUCUCAAGUUAGUAAUGCUAUUAGAGUUCUUGGUGAGGCAUUAGAAAAAAUGUAUAAAGAUAGAUGUGGAUUAGACAAAAAUUUUACUGAAUGUACAGCAAUGCAUACAAUUAAUGGAACUUUACUUUUCAAGUAUAUACUUAAUGUCACUUUUAUUGAUGAAUUUCAGCAAGUUAUUACAUUUGAUCAAAAUGGUGAUGCACCAGCAUGGUAUGAUAUUCUUAAUUAUGUUGGUAAAAAUGGUGGUUAUAAAUUAGCUGGAAGUUUUAGACAAUUUCCUUCAGGAAAUUAUAGUUUAAAAUUUCAUAAAAAACGCAUUAUAUUUUAUAAUAAUACAUAUAAUGUUCCAAUUUCUGUUUGUAGUCAACCAUGUGGAAGAGGACUAAAAAGAACACCAACAACUGCAUGUUGUUGGUUAUGUGAACAAUGUGGAGCAAAUGAAAUAGUUAAUCAAACAACUUGUGUAGAAUGUCCAUCAGCUUAUUGGCCUGAUGAAGAAAGAUUAACUUGUUUUCCAUUACCUGUUAAUUACCUUCAAUGGCAUUCACCUGGUGUUUUAGCUGCAUUAAUUUUUGCAAUACUUGGAAUACUCUCAACUAUCUUUAUUAUUAUUACAUUUGUUAAUCAUAAUUCAACACCUGUAGUUAAAUCAACUACACGUGAAUUAUCAUAUAUCAUUUUAUGUGGUAUUAUAGCAUGUUACGGUGUUACAUUUGCUAUUUUAGCUAAACCAACUUUUAUAUCAUGUUUUAUAUCAAGAACCUUGCCUCCAAUUGCCUUUUCAGCUGUAUAUGCAGCAUUAUUAACAAAAACAAAUAGAAUAGCUAGAAUAUUAGCAGGAUCUAAAAAAAGAAUAUUAACAAAAAAACCACGAUUCCUUUCUACUUUUUCUCAGGUUGUUAUAACAUGGAUUCUUGUAGGUAUUCAGGGAAUUAUUGUAGCAGUUGGUGUUAUAAAAGAAAUGCCAAAAGCAAAUUAUGAUGAAAAUUUUUUACCAGCAAAAGUUGUCCUUGUUUGUACCUCAUCAACUCCUGCCUUUUUAUCACCAUUUUUUUGGAAUUUAUUUUUAAUUAUUCUUUGUACAUUAUAUGCUGUUAAAACAAGAAAUCUUCCUGAAAAUUUUAAUGAAGCUAAAUUUAUUGGAUUUACAAUGUAUUGUACACUUGUUGUUUGGUGUGCAUUUAUUGUUCUUCAUUUUGGUGCUGUAAAUAAAGCUCUUAUCAUGAGCUUUUCCUUCUCCUUAUCUGCAUCUAUUGCAUUAAUUAUUCUUUUUGCACCAAAAGUUUAUAUUAUUAUUUUUCAACCAGAAAAAAAUGUUCGUGCUUCAUAUACAACAACUAAAUUAAUUAGAUGCCAUUUUGGUAAUACACAAGGAAAUGUUGAAAAUAAAAAUCGUUCUAUAUCAAAAGCUAGAUCCUCAACACAAAGUCUUUCAUAUAGUUGCCCUACACGUACAGCAUCGCUUCAUAUUGCUGCUAACCAAUCUUCUAUCAUAUCUUCAUCAGGUCAAACAACGAAAAGUGAUGUUUCAACACAAACAGAAAGUAAUAUUUUACAUACUUCAUCAUCAUUACUUCCUUCACAACCAUUUCGUUUCAAAAGAACAUUAUCUGUAUCUCAUGGUAAAAAGAAAUCUAUUGGUGAAGAUGUAAUACAAUUAAUUGAUUCAUGUAGAAAAUAUCAAGAAGAUAGACUUCAUUCAACAGUAAUAAAUGCACCAAAAAAUUUAUUAUUAGAAGUUGAAGAGGAUGAUGAUGAUACAGAGGAUGAACAUAUCUCAGGUAUGAUAAAAAAUACAUUACAAAAUCAAAUGAGAACAGUUUUAUCAACAGUUAAUCCAACAACAUUAGGAAAUUUAGUGUUAACUGAUGAUUCACAUUCUGGAGGUGUUCGUAAUCCAGCUGCUGAAAUAGAUCCUGAUGAUAGUCAUUUUGAAGAGUUUUUACGUUCCACUGGUUUACAUUCUCUUAACUUAAGUAACGCAACACAACUUUAA